CAUCAAAGUGUAGAGAGAGAUUUUGAUUCCGUGCCCCAUAAACAUAAACAUAAACCUAUAUAUCUAUCUAUCUCUUCUUUCUCCAUUCAUGGUCAGUAGUAGGUAACUUGUUUUCUCUUCCUCGAUUUGAUCGAUCGUUCCUUCUCUCUCUUGUGUUUAUGCCAGGAAUGACAGCGUAUCAGUGGCAGUGCAGGAAACGAGAGGGAGAGUUUUCAUUGGGAAGGUAAAAGCCUUUGUUUGUAGCAGUGCCUUACAUGAACCCUCGCCCCCCUUCUCUUGUUCGCUACCACUAACUCAUCGUUUUCUCAGUGUGCCCCGCGUGCGUUCUGCUGUGUCCUCUCACUCACAGGUGUAACCGUGUAACCACUAGAAUCAUACUUAGUGGCAUGGAAAGAAAGAAAGAAAGAUUAACCUAAAAACCCUGUGCAGGCUUUCCCAGAAAAGCCAAGUGAGAAAACCAAACCCUCUAUUACCACUUACUACUUACUUCAUGUAACUGACUAUAGCCACCACUAUCACUAUUUAGGAUUUUCUGUAAAAAGCCUGAUACUCUUUUACCAUAAAACCCGGGAGAGCCCUCAUAAUAAAAUUGAGAGAGAGAAUAAGAGAAUUGUGUGUCGUGUUUGUUUUUGUUUGGUUUGUUGUAAGGUUAGCUAGUGAGUAUUCUACACAAGGGUGGUGGUAGGGCAAAAAGGAUAAGACAGUGAAUGUGUGUGUGUGUGUGUGUGUGUGUGUGUUGUUGACAAGCAAAAGCUAUGGAGGGUGGUAGUAGUAGCUCUAAUGGCACUUCUUAUCUGUUGGCUUUUGGAGAAAACAACAGUGGUGGGCUAUGCCCAAUGACGAUGAUGCCUUUGGUGACUUCCCAUCACGCUGGUCAUCAUCCAAUAAAUCCUAGUAAUAAUAAUAAUGUAAACACAAACUGUCUCUUCAUUCCCAACUGCAGUAACAGUACUGGAACUCCUUCUAUCAUGCUCCACAAUAAUCACAACAACAACAAAACUGAUGAUGAUGAUAACAACAACAACACUGGGUUAGGGUACUAUUUCAUGGAGAGUGACCACCACCACCAUCACCACGGCAACAACAACAACAAUGGAAGCUCCUCCUCCUCCUCCUCUUCUGCUGUCAAGGCCAAGAUCAUGGCUCAUCCUCACUAUCACCGUCUCUUGGCAGCUUACGUCAAUUGUCAGAAGGUUGGGGCCCCGCCUGAAGUGGUGGCAAGGUUAGAAGAAGCAUGUGCUUCUGCAGCGACAAUGGCUGGUGGUGAUGCAGCAGCUGGAUCAAGCUGCAUAGGUGAAGAUCCAGCUUUGGAUCAGUUCAUGGAGGCUUACUGUGAGAUGCUCACAAAGUAUGAGCAAGAACUCUCCAAACCCUUAAAGGAAGCCAUGCUCUUCCUUCAAAGGAUCGAGUGCCAGUUCAAAAAUCUUACAAUUUCUUCCUCCGACUUUGCUAGCAAUGAGGGUGGUGAUAGGAAUGGAUCGUCUGAAGAGGAUGUUGAUCUACACAACAUGAUAGAUCCCCAGGCAGAGGACAGGGAUUUAAAGGGUCAGCUUUUGCGCAAGUAUAGCGGAUACUUGGGCAGUCUGAAGCAAGAAUUCAUGAAGAAGAGGAAGAAAGGAAAGCUACCUAAAGAAGCAAGGCAACAAUUACUUGAAUGGUGGAACAGACAUUACAAAUGGCCUUACCCAUCCGAAUCCCAGAAGCUGGCUCUUGCAGAGUCGACAGGUCUGGAUCAGAAGCAAAUCAACAACUGGUUUAUUAAUCAAAGGAAACGGCACUGGAAGCCUUCAGAGGACAUGCAGUUUGUGGUGAUGGAUCCAAGCCAUCCACACUAUUACAUGGAUAAUGUUCUAGGCAAUCCAUUUCCCAUGGAUCUUUCCCAUCCCAUGCUCUAGAAAAUUAUCCCUCGUUUGUGGGCUGCUGAUAAUAGAUUCAUAAACUCGUGCUGUCACUUAUUAAAACCUUACAAUUAUUAAUAUUAAUUAAUAUGCAUUCUAAGAAAUCCUAGAUUGCUAUACUAUAAUAUAGUACGCAGGUGUAUCCCUUGCUAGCUUUUUAGACGGUCCUUUGUGUGGAUCAUCUAGUUGAAGGAGUUAUGAAUAAAUAAAAUUCCAUAAAUUUAAAGUUUUUGA